UCAACAUGGCGGCUGUUCUGGUUCAGGACUGRCSGACAAAACAACUCAAAAACAACGCUUUUCUUUACGAAAUGACGCCUUUUUACACCUUAAAUGAGAAUAUUCUUAUAUUCAGUCCCUAGUCUAGUUAUCUGAAGAGUUACAUCACCAGAGGAUGGCCGGCUGGGGUGGAUUUUCAGAGGAAGAUCUUCAUCGGUUGAAGAAAGAUCAGGUCACAGAGCCUCUAGGGAAAGAACAAGCCGAGGAAAAACCUGGAAAUAUUAGGAAAGCUAAUAUAAAUCCAGGUCCUAAAAGAACAAAACCAAGAGAAAAGAUAAAGACUAGAGCUGCGGCUUCUAAAAAGAACUCCAAUGAGAAGCCAAGCGCAAAUGAAACUCAAUGUCUGAAGGAAAAUAGUGGUGAAACUAUAGAGAAAUUUGCAAAGUUGGAAGUCGAAAAUUCGACUCCAGAGUUUGAAAGAAAUAUGGUUGACACUAAAGUGGAAGAAAGCUCAAAAACUCAAAAGGAAGUGGAUGUAGGAAAUGUUAAUGGUAGUGCAGAAAAUUUUCCCGAUAUAAUUUUAGAGCCUGAAAGAAUACAGGCUAUUGAAUUGUCUGCUCUGCAAAAGAUGCAGCAAAAACAAAAGGAAAUUGAAGACCAGAAUAAACUGAAGAAAGCAGCUAUCCAAGAAACAAUAAAAACAAGGUUCAAAAAGACACAAGCAGAGGCUCAUGUUCUCAAGGUUGUUCAGCAAGAAGUUGCUCAUCUAGACAGCCUACUGUCAGCCGAUGUUGCAAUACUUAGAGACACAAUAGAAGAAGCUACCAGGGAUUACCACUAUGCAAUGAAAAGAUAUGAGCAUGCUGAAGCUGAAUUUGUUGCAGCUAAGUUAGAAUUACACAGAAAAAGUGAGAGAAAAGAGCUACUUACGGAACACUUGUAUGCUAUUAUUCAACAAAAUGAAGAAAGGAAAGCCAAAAAGUUAGAGGAAUUGAUGGCAAAACUCAAUCUAUCUGAUUGUGAAAUUCAAGUAGGUGAAAAAAGUACUGAUCAAUCUGGAAAUAAAAUGACACCUAAAACAAAUGAAAGUGAAGUAAAGACAUUAAAAGUGGAUGAAAAGGAAGAUAUAUGUGGAAUUGAUGGGAAAUUUACUGAAGAUGUACAAAAUGGAUAUGAAAAACAAGUUUAUACUGAAGUAAAGGUGGAAGAAACUAGAAAUGAAGAAACUAGAAAUGAAACUACAGAAGUGGAUGAAAUGGAAAAAAUGGGAUGAAAUAAAUUGAAUACAAUGAAAAGAGAUAGUAAUUUGCCAGAAAAAUGUGGAUUUUAUCAAGCAGUUUUUAUGCUUAAAGAUGCAUUUCCAGGUUUAUGGAAAUUUUAUAUUAUUUACUAAUGUCAAGGUUUUAAAAAAUCAUAUUGAUUUUGAUAUAAAUAAUCAGGGAAAAUAUGAUUUGAAAAUAUAUUUCUGGGUGAAAGAAGGUAUACAGUUAAGAGAGGAUGUCAGCAAAAAUCGAACAUAUUGCUCAUAUUUUAGUAUUAGGAAGACCUUGAUGCAAUAUGAACUGUGGUAUACUUCAUAUCGCUUUAUUUCCGAGAAAAACGAGGAAAACCAAUUUGUGCAUAAUUGACCCUCUGAGAGAGCCAAAAUAUCAUCCAACUUCAAGUGCCUCGCAUGCCUUUGCAAAAUAAAAUAAAUAUUUUUUGAAAGUUCUUUGUAUUUAUGAUGUGCCAAAGUAACUUGGUAAUAAAAUUUUUUUCGCCAACAGAAAUUUAUUGGAAAAUAAUAAAAUUUCACAGAUUUAAAGCCAAGACAAUGUUAAAAAAAAAUUUUUAACAACCAAGUCCAUACACAUUUUUGCAAAGGCACGCGAGGCACUCGAAGUUGGAUGAUAUUUUGGCUCUCUCAGAGAGUCAAUUAUGCACAAAUUGGUUUUCCUCGUUUUUCUCGGAAAUAAAGCCACAUUUCAAAAAAACGAAGUAUACCAAGAUUUGUUUCGGCUAUAUGUCUACCUUAUACUUAAAUAUAAGCGAAAUCGAUUUUUGGACUGUUGCCAGCAAAUUUCGAUUUUGUUUGAUUUUUGCUGACAUCUUCUCUUAAUAUUGUUUGGCAGAUAAACAAUCAGUGAAUUUUGCAAAUAGAUUUGCACCAGCAAAAAUAUCAUUCAAAACUCAACAUUCAUUUUUGUGCCUGCUAAUAAUUUUGUAUUU